UCCAGGUCAGCAGAACAGCUUCGAUCAACUCCUCUAUGGACAAAGAGAAGGACAAGUCCAAACAGUUUGUAAGAUUUGUUAUCAACGAAGACGGCACACAUGCGCAUCACUUGACCAACAACAAGAGACAAGAAAAACUAUCCAAGAUGCUCCGAAACUUGUUACAGUCCUCCAAGAUUAGAGAUGAGGCAGUUUCCACUGUGCCCGACCUGAUGCAAAGCGGACCGCCAUCGUUGUUUGCUAAUUUGGUGAAGGACUAUCAGGGUGAUCAGGACAACCCAUUCUCGGGAGCAACUACGGUGAAGGUACCCAAUGGUGAUUCACCUUCAUCUGGCCAAAUCGCAAGCAGGUUCCCUGCUCCGAACUGGGGGAAUGGCACAAUACCAAUGACUUCAGCGGUGAGUAAUAAGUCGUUGACUUUUGCUGAAAGAUACGGUAAAUGUCAAGAGACUGUUGGUAAGGGAACAUUUGGUGUUGUUAGAGUGGCCCAUAAACGCACUCAACAAGGCGUCGAAUCAUUAUACGCAAUAAAGGAGUUCAAAAGACGUCCUGGAGAAUCCGAUAACAAGUACUCCAGAAGACUAACAUCGGAGUUUUGUAUCUCCAGCUCUCUCAAACACGUCAACAUCAUUGAAACGUUGGAUCUUCUACAGGAUGCCAAAGGUGACUAUGUCGAGGUUAUGGAGUAUUGUUCUGGUGGUGAUUUGUACACUUUGAUCAUUGCUGCCGGUAAACUGGAAUAUGUGGAGGCUGACUGUUUCUUCAAGCAGCUGAUGCGUGGUGUUAACUAUAUGCAUUCUAUGGGUGUCGCUCAUCGUGAUUUGAAACCGGAGAAUUUACUGCUGACUGAUCGUGGUACCUUAAAGAUCACGGAUUUUGGUAACGGUGAGUGCUUUAGAAUGGCGUGGGAGAAAGAAGUACACAUGUCUGGUGGAAUCUGCGGGUCUUCACCCUACAUUGCUCCAGAGGAGUAUACUUCAGAGGAAUUCGACCCAAGAAGUGUCGAUAUUUGGGCAUGUGGUGUUAUCUACAUGGCCAUGCGUACUGGCCGUCAUCUGUGGAGAACCGCUACUCAAGAUGAUGAAUUCUACGUCAAGUAUCUCGAAGGAAGAAAAGUUAAAGAGGGCUACGAACCAAUAGAGCAAAUCAAGAGAAGCAGAUGCAGAAAUGUGAUAUAUUCCAUCUUGGAUCCUGUACCAUCCAGAAGAAUUAACGGUAAACAAAUCCUGAUGAGUGAAUGGGGAAGGGAAAUCAAGUGCUGUGUUGAAGUGCCUGCCCACGUCAAAGUUGUAUAGUUUAUCGUACCUCAGAAUGGACUAAUGAUGAUAUGACACGAUUAUGGUAUAAUAGUGGUGUAGAAUAAAGAGCUUCAUCCUUUGUAUCCUUACAGUGUGCGUGGGUUGAACAAGAAGCAUAGUCAUAUCAUAAUCAGUGCUCAAUAUAUCAGUUCGUCUAUCCACCUGGUCGCCGCAGGUUGAUUACGUAAGUUGUCUCACAUUCACAACCAAAAAAAAAUAUAACAAAGCACUCACGCUGGGGGUCGAACCCAGAAUCUUCUGAUUAGAAGUCAGAC